AUGUCCAAGAAGAACCUCUGCACGCCCCUUUCUUCGCUUUUGCGGCGCUGUUUAACUUCAAUUCCACAACACUUCACUUCCCAUUCUUCUCCACACAUUAAACUCUCUAUUCUUCACCGCGUAUCACCUCACCAUCGUCCUCCUCACGAUCCCAACUUCGAUUUCUAUUGUUCUCUUGGGUUUUCAUGGAAAAACUUAUGCUCCAAAUCUGCCGAGGAAAUCCAACUUGGGUGCUGGAAUUGCCACGCUCUCCCUCACUCUGCACCUUUCCUGGUCUGCGACUCCUGUCGGUGCAUCCAACCCGUCGAUGGUUCCACUGACUAUUUUCAGAUAUUUGGGGUGGAGAGGAAGUAUGAUCAAGAAGGUGAGAAUUUGGAGGGCAAGUACAAAGAAUGGCAAAAGAAACUGCAUCCUGACUUAGUACAUUCAAAAUCUAAGAAAGAAAGAGAUUUUGCUGCUGAACAGUCUGCAAGGGUAAUUGAUGCGUACCGUACACUUAGCAAGCCUUUGUCAAGAGGAAUUUACUUGCUGAAGCUUAACGGUGUAGAAAUAGAUGAAGAACAAACAAUAUCAGAUCCAGAACUACUGGCGGAGAUUAUGGAAAUCAGGGAAACGGUUGAAGAAGCUACAGACUCUGAAGCUCUGAAUCUCAUUCUCUCUCAGAUGCAGGAGAAGCUGCAAAAUUGGUCUAAUACCUUUGGUCAUGCUUUUCAAAACCGGAAUUUUGAAGAAGCAAAAUUGGCAAUUAGGAGAAUGACUUACUAUAGUCGUGUAAUUGAUGAAGUAGGAAAGAAGCUUUAA